CAGUCCUUGCAUGAAAUGAUACUCGUAAGUUCUUGGAGCUGUUUUCAGUUUGAUUACAACAUUUUGUAAGAUGUGAACUCUGGAAAUGUAGAGGGCUAAAUCUGGCAGGUAUUAAACAAACUUUAUAAUGGAGGACACACCUCUUACACAGGAUGUGGAAUUGACUGUGGCCCUCAAUACGGGGGACAGUCCACCUCCCCCCUACAAAAGGAAAAGCACCCCACCAAACCCGCCAGAUCAAGAAACCUUUUGUAUAGAUAUGUCUGGUAAUACACUGGUCCCCCCGAAUGGUCACCUGACCAGCCCGGAAUCAUCGCGGAGGAGACACAAGAGUGAGGGGGCGAUUCCCGUGGCCUCUCUGAAUGGCCAGCCCGCGGGUAAUAAUCACCUGUCGCCUAAUCAGAGGAAGAACUCCAUGUUCGGGAGUCGGAGUACGAUCAGCGGAAUUAAGUUUGAUGAUCCUUAUGUAGGAGACGGGAGAGGUAGUGAUAGAACCAGCUGGAAGACGUCGGACUCAGAUGACGAUGAGUCGGGUCUGACCCUAAUGUACUCGAAGCACGAGAAAUUACCGAUGAAAGACUUCUCAAUGGAAGUCAGGGCUUCAAUGGAUGUACAGAACUUUCUGAAAAAGACAGUUUUAAUUCUUGACCUGAACAAGGUCAGUUUGGAUGAAAUCAUUGAUGAAAUCCUUCACAAGUUGUUGGACAGCACAGGCAGUAAACACAGCUUUGACCAGGCCAGAUCUGCUCUCUUUACUCAUGAUUGUGUCCACCAGCUGAGUCGAACCCUUCAAUGUACCAGUAUAUCAGAAGGAGGAGGGUUUGAUUAUGACCAGAACUGGAUCUGCGCUUUGGCUAGCAUUCCUUCUAUCCAGUCCAGACAUGUGGGGAUAGCUCGCCUGCACCACCCCGCAAAUCUGGGAACCUCCAGCCAAGAAGUCUACUUUGUCAUCGUGGUUCUAACACCUACCAAAGAGAAAGGAACAAAGAAUGAGCUGGAGACUGGCAGGACGUUCUCCACGAUAAUGUCUGACCCCGAAUUACGUAUGAAGUUGCUGGAGGCCAGAAAUGAGACAGAAUUCAAACAAAUUCUAGAGACACACACUAACGCACUGGCAGAGAAACAGAAAAACUGGGUCUCAGAAAAGGCCAUGUUUUCUUCUGAACACCAAGAACAGACUUCGUUUCGGUGUAGUUUGUUCCGCGGGAUCAGAGAAGACCUGAGACGGCGAAUCCCUGUCUAUAUCUCCGAUUAUAAGGAUGGAGUGGUUGGGAAGAAGUCGGUUCAGAAGACCAUCUCCACCACGCUGUUCCUAUAUUUUGCCUGUCUAAUGCCCUCCAUUGCUUUUGGUGUCCUCAAUGCCAACAACACAAAAGGUCAACUCAGUGUAGAGAAAGUGCUAUAUUCCCAGACAUUUGGAGGCUUGGUGUUUGCUUUCUUUGGUGGAACUCCUCACAUUGUGUUACUGACAACGGCACCACUGGCCUUGUACACUAAAAUUAUAUACAGUAUCUGUGAGGACUUUGAUAUUGACUUUCCUGCCAUGUAUGCCUGUGUGGGACUUUGGAAUAGUCUGUUCCUCUUCUUGUAUUCAGCUUUUGAUCUCAGCGUACUGAUGAAAUGGUCCACAAGAUCAUCAGAAGAGAUAUUUGCUGUAUUUAUUUCUAUUGCAUUCUGUGUCGACGCUUUCAAGGAUGCUGUGAGCAACUUUGGAGCCCAUUAUAACAUUCCAGCUUGCUCUAUGUCCACUGUCUCAGAGAGUUCCACAGUGAAUUAUUCAGUAGCAUCGAAUGUAACGAACACCAUCACGUCUGUGGUGAACAGUACAGCUCCACAAGAUGUCUGUGAACGGGACGUCAGCCUGCUGUAUCUACUGUUACUACUGGGGACACUCUGGCUCGGUGUCACCCUGUAUAACUUCACCAUGACUCCUUAUUUGAAUGCUGGGAAGAGAGAAUUGCUGGCCGACUACUCCCUCCCUGUGGCUGUUAUUAUUAUGAGUUUCUUUGGAUCCUAUGUGUUCAGGACUGUAAAGUUGGACAGUAGUUUUAUUCCGGGUGAAUUAUCGCUUGACGUUUUUAAACUGGUUCCCAUUUAUAACCUGUCCGUGGGGGCGGUGUUUGGUGCCAUGGGGCUGGGUUUCUGUUUAUCUCUCCUGUUCUUCAUGGAUCAAAACAUCUCUGCAGCACUUGUCAACGCUCCACAAAACAAGUUAAAAAAGGGUACAUCUUACCACUGGGACCUCCUGGUUUGUGGUGUGAUUAAUGCCUUUUUGAGCAUGCUGGCCUUUCCUCUGGUCCAUGCCGCACUCCCUCACUCCCCGCUCCACGUCAGGGCUCUAGCUGAUGUGGAGGAGAGGGUCGAUCAAGGUCACAUUUACCAAAUAAUUGUGAGAGUACGCGAGACUCGGCUAACAGCAAUCUUUUCCCACAUUCUGAUUGGGCUUUCCCUACUCAUCCUGAACUUCCUUGCCUAUAUUCCCACCCCUGUGCUGUAUGGUCUAUUUCUGUAUGUUGGUGUCACAGCAUUGUAUGGGAACCAGCUGUUUGAAAGAAUCAUGCUGCUUAUAACUGAACAGACACAAAGUGAUUCCUCGUCUCAUACAUCAGAAAUUUCUCAAAGCUAUAGAUGGACAUUGAGGAAGUGUUCUGGGAGACAUGCAUCUUCUGUAGGCCAUUACAUCGAGACUGAACUCUGA